AUGCCGAAGGCCAACACUAAGACCGGAAAGAAGCCCGCUGCUGCCCCCUUCGCCAGCAAGGCCGGCAAGACUCAGAAGAAUCCCCUCUUCGAGUCUCGCCCAAAGAACUUCGGCAUUGGCCAGGAUAUUCAGCCCAAGACCGACUUGACCCGCUUCGUCAAGUGGCCUGAAUACGUCCGUCUCCAGCGGCAGAAGGUCAUCCUCAAUCAGCGCCUCAAAGUGCCUCCUGCUAUCGCGCAGUUUUCUCAUACUCUGGACAAGAACACUGCUACUCAGCUAUUCAAGCUUCUUAACAAGUAUCGGCCUGAGACUAAGCAGGAGAAGAAGGCUCGCCUCGACGCUCUCGCCAAAGCUACCGCCGAAGAGAAGGAGGCGCAGGCCAAGGACUCCAAGAAGCCAUUGUUCGUUAAGUACGGCUUGAACCACUGCGUUGCCCUCAUCGAGGCCAAGAAGGCGUCUCUCGUUGUAAUCGCCCACGACGUCGACCCCAUCGAGCUCGUUAUCUUCCUCCCCGCCCUCUGCCGCAAGAUGGGCGUUCCCUAUGUCAUCGUCAAGGGCAAGGCUCGUCUUGGUACCGUCGUUCACAAGAAGACCGCUGCUGUUGUUACGCUCCAGGAUGUUCGCUCUGACGAUCAGCGCGAGCUGGCCACCCUCGUUUCCGCCGCUAAGGCCAACUUCUCGGACAAAUACGAGGAGCACCGCCGCCAGUGGGGCGGAGGUAUCCGUGGCAACAAGUCCGCUCAGAUGCUCCGCAAGCGUGCGAAGGCUGCCGGCCACACCCUUUCUGCCGCCAACGCUGCCAAGCUUUAA